AAAAUUCUAAACUCUUUAUUCUUUUCUCUCUAUCUUCUCUCUCAAAACCCUAGCGGCCGCAUACGCAUUUUAUUAAAAAAAUCGACAAUGGUGAUUGCAAUGGUGAUUGCUGAUGUCAAACACCUAUUUCACAUCUUCAAGUGUUAUGGGUUUCGACUUUCGAUUAUUGUACUGUGCGAUUAGGUUUCUCGCGAUUUGGUUGCUUCAAUCAAGAUGGAAUGCUUUUGAUGUAUGCUUGAUUUGUUUAUCACCAAUUGAGGUUUACUCCUCCCUUGACAGAAUGAGUUGGUAUAUUUGUAGGAUGCUUUUAGUUGUCAUAUUGAACAUUUAUGUUUUUGGAGGGUUGUGGUUUUUCAAUAUUUGCUUCUUCUUUUGUUGUUAUUCAGAUGAUAGUUGCAGUCCUUCGGUCGAUACAAUUCCACCGCUACUGUUCCGAAGACGCUACAUAGUGAUGGUGUUUGUUUCUUUUAAUAUUUGGUUUUGACGACGCUGAGUUGUGUAUAUGUGACAAAAUGGAAAGGAUCGGUGAAUGGCUUUCGGUUACGGUAUCACGGAAUCCAAAACGGUGGUAUUUAGCCUUCUAGGAUGUUACUACCAUGGUUGAACUUGGUUUGCCUAGUCUACGUUACGCAAUGUCCCAACUUGGUUGGUCAGUUAGUCUCUUUAAUCUUUAUUCCUAAACUUUUCAAUUAUACAAUAACAAGACCAUUAAAUUCAGUGAAAUUUCAUGAGGCCUGGUGUAUCAGUAUUAAUAUUGUCAUGGGUCAUAGUGUGAAUUAUCGAAUUUAUGCAUUUGUUGUUGUAAGGAUAGAAUUAUCGAAUUAAAAACAUUCAUUAGCUCAAACAAAUUUUAGGGAAUUUAGUAAUGGGUCGGAUGAAAAUGCACACCUAACAUAGUGCAUAUAUUAAAUACUGGUUUGCAACACAUGUACAAACCUAUUCAUACGCAUAUGUAAUAACUUCAUUAACGGUAACCAAUUAAGUUAACUUAAACUGUCAUGAACUACCUAACGCUAUUAGGCAUAGACUACAUACCGUUAAUCAUAAUUAAAAAAUAAUAUUGUUCUUAUCUUUAGUUUACUUUGUUUACUACUCUGUGUUAAAGUAAAGAUAGUUUAUGGGUCAAACAUUAAUAAUUUUGUCACAUUGUGUACAUGACAUGUUAUGACAAUGCAUAUAGACUUUUGCUUUUGUUUCUUCAAUUCUGUCAGAAGGUCAUUUCUGGUGUAAUGGGAUCUAAUAACGGGUGUUGGACUGAAAUAAGCAUUCAUAACAUGAUAAAUAACUUAGACAAUGGGGUAUGGAAUGGAUAGUCUCUUUGGAGACCUCCCGCCACGUAGGCGCCACGUCAUCACGGGAGGAGGACCAUCCCCUUGGGGACUACCCAAGGGUGUGGAGGACUACCCAACCCCACAAUAAAAAU